ACUGUUGUCAAUAUUCAUAAUGGAUACAACGAAAAAAAAGACAAUGAAACGGAUCAUAUUACUACGGCAUUUCACGGAAACCGUCUUUUGGACUUAAUUGGUAACUUAACGUCAAAGUUGGUUGGAUAUGAAGCACGAUUUGAAAACUUGAAGGAUAAAAUAGAAAAUGUAACGGUAAAGUUGGACAUUUGUGAAGCUAAACUAGAUCAGAUUUUGGAGUCAAUAGGCGACAACGCGAGACCCAGGGACUGUAAUGAAGUUCAAAACCUCGGAUACACGAAAACAGGCGUUUAUACUAUCUACCCUAAACCUGGUGUUAAAGGCUUUAAAGUUAGGUGUGAUAUGGAUACUACGACCGGUGGAUGGACGGUCAUACAACGCAGAGUGUCGGCGAGUGAUUUCUACAAAACUUGGAAUGAAUACAAAUCUGGUUUUGGAGAUGUAAACGGGAACUAUUGGCUUGGAAACCAAGGAAUACACAUGAUUACUUCUCAAGGCAAAUACAAGUUACGUGUGGACUUGACCAGUAUGGAAAACGAGAAGGCAUAUGCAGAGUACGAGUCAUUUUCGCUCGGUGAUGCAAAGUCCAAUUACAAGAUAUCUUUUGGUAGUUACUCUGGGAACGCUGGAGACAGUUUAAGAAGGCACAACAACAAAAUGUUUUCAACAAAAGAUAGGAACAACGAUAAAGCCGGAAAAACAAACUGUGCUCAGGAGUACAUCGGCGCUUGGUGGUACACCCAAUGUCAUGACGCUAAUCUAAACGGGGAUUAUGGUAACAAAGCAUACGCAAAAGGUCCGGUUUGGCAACAUUGGAAAGGUGACUAUGCUCCUCUCAAGGCAACAGAAAUGAAAAUAAGGCCUAUGUGACGGUCCCAGUGAGGUGUUCUAGAGAUAUAUAUUUCAGAAUUUUUUAGAAAUGACCCAAUCAUCCGGAACAGUUUGCAUGAUUUGAUACAGUUUAAAGAAAUAAACUGAUGUUUCAUCUAACUCUCAUUCGUUCAAUCUAUUGUUCAAAUUAAAUUAUGUUUGUUCUCAUUAUUAAAAUAUAUUCUGUCGUUUGUCUUGCGAAUGAAUGAAAACUAUAUUAAUGUAAGUAAUUUGAAUAUCAUAUUUGUUUUUAUAGGUUUAUUCAAUUGUACUUUAUAUCGCAUUUGUAUAAUUCUUAAUUAAUUGUCGCAAGAUUAAUCAUGGUUAACAUUUUCUUAUGUUGUAUAUAUUCUGUUAAUGUGUCUGGAUAGGAUGUAUUAAUUAUAUAAUUUUUAAUGAAACUUUGCAAAGUAUUGCUAAUACAUUAUGUAUCUUUUUAUUGUUUUUCUUUUCACUGCAGUGAAACGUACCUUAUAAUUUUUCAUCUGAAAACUGUAUGAGAUUUAUAACGAUAGCAACCUACCUGUUGGUAUAUGCGUUUAACCACCUCGGAGAGACGCCAUCCGGCUAAUUAAUAGUAAUACUGGAAAAAAGCAAUAUUUCGAAAUUAUCGGGGACUGCGAGUCGUGCACGGCUCGAAAAGCUAAAUAUUCAGGUUUUAUAUCUUCGCUGUUGCAGUAAUAGUAACAUUAUUCAUUUUUCUUUUUAAAUAAGACUCCAUUCUGGCAAGGAUAUUCAAAAUUUAAUAAUUUGUAGUAUACAAGUGGAGAAUGUUGUCUAAAGAAGAUGGAAUGUAAAAUCAAUCAUCAACCAAAAUGGUUUGAUGAAAAAUGUGAAUCAUUGAAAUAUAUGAGAAAUAGCAAACUUCGCACAUUCAGAAGAAAUAGAACUGAAGAUAAUUUAAAUGAUUACAUUAUGACAAAAAAAUACAUAUAAAUAAACCUGCAACUCAAAACGGGACCAGUUUUUAAAUAAACAGCUAGACGAACUCAUCGAUAAAUCAGAUAGUCCGAAAUCGAUUUGGAAAAGAUUAAAAAUCAUGUGUGCUAAAAAAGUAACGGGGUUAAAUGCCAUUACAAAGAAUGAAUGGCAAAAUUGAAAUUUAUGUUAAUAUUCUUCACAGUAUAAAUAUUCUUCAUAGUAUAAUAAAGUACAUAUAUUUGUAUGAAUAUUUAUAUGUAAGUACCAUAUGUACAUGUUACAAGAUUUGAAAUAUUGCUACUAUGUUUAACAACUGAAUCGAAAUAUAUCAAGAGAUUACACACAUACAUGUAUAGGUUCUGCAUAGUUAUACUCAUAUAACAUGUCAUUGUAUUUAAGGUUCCAAAGAAGCUUUAGUGACAUUAUACUAUUGUAUAUAUGUAUUGUAUAUAUGUUGUACACAAUAAGUACUUUGAUUAAUUCCACUUUGGUUUCCAGUCAUUGUCAUUGUGAUGUAUCAUGUGCAAAUAACUGUUGAUAUGGGCCGGUGGCCAACAUAGAUAAAAUCAUUGUCAUUGUCAUUGUCAAAUUAUAUAUUAAAUACACGCAUUAAGGCAUAA